AGCUGUGACGAAACGUUUAACCGCGAAUUCAGAAGCGAAUUAUUGAGGUUAAAUUUGGCAGGACUGACUCCGUGUUGGAAGCUUUCUUGUGGAUAUCUCUCAUCCGGGGCCAUGAUGGGACAGAUUUUUCAGAUGUGUGGCCAAAUCAUCAUAACCCUCCUGGUGUUGAUUGCCCCGGUUGUUCAGAGUGGGAAAGUUCUUGUCUUUGCAGUGGACGGCAGUCACUGGGUCAAUAUGAACAUCAUGAUCGAGGCCCUUCAUGCCAAAGGUCACAAUAUCACAGUCAUUCGGAUGUCAGACAGCUGGUACAUCAAAGAAUUCUCACCUCACUACACAUCCAUCACUGUGAAUUCUCCUGGAGGGUUUGAUGAAGAAUCCUUCGAGAUGUUUGCAUCCAGACUUAUGGCAAUUCAAAGGGACGGCUCCACGUGGGCUCGACUGAACCUGGAGAUCGAGAUGUGGCAAACUACUUUUGAGAUCACCGAAACUGAAAGCAAGAUGAUAAAACAUAUGAUGGAAGACGAGGGGAUAAUGCAGUCCUUCAAAGAGGCCAAGUAUGAUUUAAUGCUUACAGAUCCACUGUUGUUUGGAGGUGUCCUGUUGGGGCACUACCUGAAAUUACCCAUCGUCUACAAUGUCCGUUGGACGAUGUAUAAUGAAGGUCAUUUUGCGAUAGCCCCUUCACCGCUAUCUUACGUGCCCACACCAAUGCUGGAGUUAUCAGAUCGCAUGACCUUCUUUGAAAGAGUGAAAAAUGUUUUAAUGUACUUUGUAUAUGAAACGCAGGGUGCCAUCCUGUUUGGUCCAUAUUAUAAUGCACUUUGUGAACAGUUUAUUGGACCCGGAGUAUCCUUCCUCAGCUUAAUUCAAAGCGCUGAUCUGUGGCUACACAGGGCUGAUUUUAUUUUUGAGUUUCCACGGCCCACUAUGCCAAACAUUGUCUACAUGGGUGGCUUUCAGUGCAAGCCAUCAAAGCCUCUUCCGGCAGAUCUCAAGGACUUUGUGCAGAGCUCUGGAGAUCAUGGUGUCAUCGUCAUGUCUUUGGGAACUCUCGUUGGUCAGCUUCCUGAUGCUGUGGCUGAGGCCGUUGCUGAAGCUUUUGCAGAACUUCCACAGAAGGUCAUCUGGAGAUAUAAAGGAAGGAGACCAUCUGCACUGGGGAACAACACCUUAAUAAUGGACUGGAUACCUCAGAAUGAUCUUCUGGGUCAUCCUAAAACCAGAGCUUUUGUAGCUCAUGGUGGAACCAAUGGUAUUCAAGAAGCCAUCUAUCAUGGGGUACCAAUCAUUGGAUUUGGGCUGAUCUUUGACCAGCCCGAUAAUCUUUCAAAGAUGAGAGUCAAGGGUGUAGCCAAGACUGUAGACUUUGGCACAGUGGAUAAGAACUCUUUCCUUGAAACUGUCAAAGAGGUUCUUUAUGAUCCCAGUUAUCGGGAGAACAUGCAGAGACUCUCAAGACUUCACAGAGAUGUUCCAGUCAAGCCUCUGGACAACGCCAUCUUCUGGAUUGAGUUUGUCAUGAGGCACAAAGGUGCCGCUCAUUUACGCACAGAGUCGUACAAAAUGCCCUGGUACUCCUAUCAUUCUGUUGAUGUUAUACUGUUUCUGCUGUCUGCUGUGAUGCUCAUAACCCUGACCACAUAUGCACUUAUUAGACAUUUAUGCUGUAGAAUAUGUUUGAGAAAAACAAAAAACAAACUACAAUGAUUUUUUAAAUAGAAACAGAUUUUACUGAUGUCGACUGCAAUACACAAUUUCUGGGCAUUUGGAUGAGAGAAAAUGAAAUGUUUGUCAAAAAACUGCAUUUUGUUCAUUUUGAGAAAAGAAUGAUUAACAUCAGCUAGUUUGUUUCAGUUCGUUUGUAAUUCUGAUUUUGACUGUGUGCAAAUCAGUACUACGCUAAGUGUCCUACACUAUGUUAUACAGUCGGACAACAUAUAAUAAGUCCUGCCCCAUACAUAGUCAUGUAUUGUUAGUAUAUAUAAAUAUUGUAUAACUACAUUAACACUAUAUGGACAAAAUUCUAAUUUCCCUUCUAAUAAACAUAUUUACUCUAGUAAUUCUAAUCAAAACUACUAUUAAUACUACACCAUACAAUACCAUAUUUAACAAUUGAUAUUAAAAGAUGUUUCCAUAUUUGUAUCAACAGUUUGGGAAAGGCCUUUUUUGUUCCAAAAUGACUGUACCCCUCAAGUCAUUGUUUGGGUGACGAGUGUUGGCUCAAAGGUGUUCAGCUGGGUUCAGGAUUGGGCAUUAUGCAGACCAGUCAAGUUCUUCCAUACUAGACUCAAUCAUCUAUUAAUAAUAAUGUCAAUGCAACUAUGUUCAGAAGUCUGAACAUUUGACUGUUAUAAUAUUGAUGUUUGUACUCCUUGCUGUUGCUGUCUUUCCAAACAGCACUAUGUGGAAUUGUUUUGGAAUUGGAAUCAUGUUUUAUUUAGUUUGUGAAAUGUAGUUACAGUCAGUACUGUUGUUGUUUAUCCCUACAUUUUCAUUUACAAGACAUGAAGUUCAAAUGACAUAAACAUGCUAUUUGGAUUAAUUAUUAUUAUAAAUAAUCUUAUGAAUGUUUAUAAUUAGACAUAUGUUUAUUAAAUUUGUUUAAUGUUAAUCUGCACCGGUCAAGAUGACCCUGUGAUAUUAGUUUUAAGCGUUUGUUAUCAUGGGAAAAACAGACCUUAUAAUGUCACGACUAGCCAAUCAGAAUCAAGUAAUCCAGAAGGCCGAGUAAGGCCUGAUUCACAUUUCCCAUCUAAAACCACGCGGAAAACGGCACUCCAAAAAGUUGAACUAUUUCCAUCUCGAUGCAGCGCCGACACGCCUAGAAAAAUGUGUCUACAUUUAAAAUAACAAAAAUGUGUGCGGAAAAGACGCAAAAUGUGAAUCGGGCCUAAGAAGUUUGUGUAACACUUUACUUAAAGCCUUUAUGUAUAAUGCAUUACAAAGCGUUAUUAAAUGGUAUGAUGCAUCAUAAUUGUUCAUAAUAUGUGUUUUAAUACAUUAAAUGUUGUAAAGAAUUAUAACCAAAUAAAAAAUGCAAAGUGUAACAAUGAAUUGAUAAUGUAUUAACUGUACUUACAAUACAUUGCAUUGCAUUAUAAGGUGCAUUAAAAGGCAUAAUUAAUACAUUAAAACUACUUUUAUAAUGCAUUAUACAUAUAUGCUUUAAUUAAAGUUUACCUAUGGACUGUAUAAUAUAAACGUCACCCGUAGGUUUCUGAGAAGCUUUUUUGAAGCCUAAAGUGGGCGGAGCCCGCUGUCACCAUAUUAGCAGCGUGUCACCAUGCGUCACUCCCGUAUAAUCAAAAAUGGGUAAAAAGGUGGGACGUGGUUGGAUCUGAGGUGCCUGGUGCUGAAACCACCUGUCACUCAGGUGGCCACGCCCUUAAUUAUGCAGAAUUUUUAGGCUUAAUAUAAUUUAAAUGGAUGAGAUAUAAAACUGUUUACCCCUCUUACAGUUGUCACGAAGGGCAAGAUUAGCUAUAUAGACCAAAAUCAUUUUUUGUACCAGGCUGUGAACAUGAUUUGUUCUGCUAACAAGUUGGGCAAAGCAGCCAGUCGAUGAAUUGCAGUUUAGGUCACUUUCGUGUUGGUUUCACGAGAGAGAACGGAAGAUUGCCGCUUGAUUUUUAUAAGUGUUAUUAGCUGUGUUGGAUGUAAAUGUGGUGUAUGUAGCUACCGUACUUAACAGCUUCAUUGAAUUUUACCAUAAAAAAUUGUCCUGUAAAGUCUGUUAUACAGUAUGUAGUUUAAUAGUUUUCUUUAUUUAAACACUUUUAAUAUACUGUACUUAGUCAAUACUAAUGAAAACCUAUACACACGAUAUUGUAUGGUAGCUUAUCAACUAUAUCUGCAGGUAAACACCCUUUGUCCCUUUAGAGGGUUGAAUGAACCUUCGCUUAGUUGUUAUUGUAUAAAUAUAUCAGUAUGCACAGAAUGACAGUGGAGACAAAGUUGUGAUUGUAGUUUUGUGGCGUACACUGUACUCAAAAAAGGCUUACUGUACCAUUAUAAUGAUUUUGCAUGCUACCAAUUUAGAUGCUCAAUGUACAAAAUAUCGCAAGUUCCAAUAAACCAUAAGUUACAUAUUUGUUGUUCUUUUUUUCAUGAUAACGAGUGAACGUGUCAAAAUGGAGUUGACUUUUUACUUUCAUGUACAUUAAGAAAAAGCCAAAAAUGAAGAGUCAUGCAUGCACUUAUCUUGUAAGAUUUUUCCUAGCUAAAACAGAUGCCUGCAUUGGGUAAGAAUACAGGAUUCCGGCUUUUAACCUGUCUACUGUGGUCAUACGGUUGAUUUUUUUUCCG